CCCUCGUACACUGCAAACACACGCAAUGCGCCCCGCUACCCGUAUCGCGCUCAACGCCCAGCGGACGGCUUACCGUCGCCCACUAGCUGCCGCCCGCCCUCGCGUCGUCUCCACGCAGCUACAAGGGGUCCGAUUCAACUCAUCAGCAGGUGGAGGGGCGUCAAACAGUCACGUCGUCGGUGCCAACUAUGCUGUCCUGUCGGCAAUCGGGGCGCUCGCGAUCGCCGGAUACUUCUACAUCAAGCCGAUCAGAGAGGUAGCCAACAAGCUCAACACUGCCCUCGACAGCAUCGGCAACCUUGGUGAGAAGGCCAAGGAUGUCGCCAAUCAGGCCGUUGAGAAGGGGACCGAAGUCGCAAAGAAGGGAGCAGACCCAGCUGGUGUUGACUCUGUCGGUGAUAUCGCCAAAGCCGCCAAAAGUGCUUUCCCGGGCGUGGCGACGGCAGUCAUCGGCGGCGGCUCCCUAAGCGGAUUGCUUUCAGGCCUGAGCGACAAGGACCUUGCGGGUACGAUCGAGAAGCUCAAGGCAUUCAGCAAUGAUGAAGUCAAGAAACUGCUCGACAAGGUUCAGAAGGCCAUCAAGGAGGCGGAUGGCAAAGUUGAGAAUGUCAAGUGGGGCCAGCUGGCCCAGAGUCUCUCGGACGAGUUUGGCAAGGAGUACCAGGGCUACAUCGACAUGAUCGUUGGCUCUGUGCCGUCCACUGAAGACCUCGAGAAGUAUGUCAAGAAGAUCAAGGACGAGCAUGCCGACCAGCUCAAGCAGCUGGAGGCAGCUGCAGCCAAGGUCUACAAGUCCGUCGAGAAGGCCAUCAAGGACGGCGACGACGCCGGCAAGGCUUUCGUCAAGGGUGUUCAGAACGCCACACCCGAGGAUGUCGAGAAGCUCGUCGGCGACCUCAAGAAGACUGCCCAGGAGGCGGGCCUACCCGCUGAUCAAAUCGAGUCAUGGAUCAAGGACAAGGCCAAGGACAGCGCGGCCUAUGCCCAGCAACUCCAAGACCAGUUCAACAAGUACAUCGACUUUGUGCCCGAACCCGAGGUGAUCGUCAAGCAGGCCACCGCGCUCAGCCCCGCGCUGGGCAAGAUUGUCGAGGAGCUUGUGAAGGAGGCGCAAGCAAAGGUCGAGGACGGAAAGAAGGUCCUGGAGAAGGGAAAGAAGGAGGUUGAGAAGGGUGGCGACAAGGCCAAGAAGGCCGUUGACGACACGGCCAAGAAGGUCGGCGAGAAGGCGAAGAACGCAUCAAAGGAGUAGUGUGGUAGCCCCGCAUGCAGUUGUCAAAGUGCUAUGUGGAGCAAGGAAGAG